AAUAUUUUUUAGUUAUUGAAACGAAAUAUUAAGAGAAAACUAUGAGAAACGUACCUCACUAAAAGAAUUAAAAACGGCGAGUCGUUCACCCGUUCUGCUAAAACGCACGGCGUUUUCUUGUCUUCUUUUGUGUGCUUGUGGACUAUCUCUUUCAGUGCGGCGGACUCAAUACCAGAAUCAGCUUUUGUUUUGCAGGGUAAAUAGUUUCGAAAAUGCCGACUCUUCAAACUUCACUGCCUCCUGAGCUCGCUAACAAUGCCAUUAGGCUUUACCGUGAAUGUCUACGAAGAGCUAAAUAUAUUGGUCAUCGGCAACAUAACACACCGCUCCUUGUCGAAAUGGUGAGACAACAGUUUAAGAAAAACAUGCACGAGACAGAUCCCGAUAAGAUUCAAAAGUUUAAGGAUGAUGCUGCAAGGGGACUUAUAAAUCACAUACUGUACGAGUCAGAGAAAAUUACUGGUCGUAAAUUUAGCAAGAGUCCUCCUAAAGAAGCUUAAUUCGUUUAAUCCCAGAUGAUUCAGUCUGUUCAUCAGUGGUGGGUUUGGCAGAUCAAUCAUUUAGAAAUUACCUUCCUAGGUUCUUAUGACAGUUAUAUUAAACUGUUGAAAUAAAAAUGUUGUUCGAAAUUGCUCAAUUGCUUUCUCUAUCUGCCACCCUUUUUCGUAUCAGUUGCUCAAGUUUGUUAAAACUAUUUUAUAGUUUCUGCCUAACAAUUAAGUGUCUCCUUAACUCAACAUUUGGAAAAUAACCGUUCCUAAACCAUGCCGUAUUGUAUUUAUGGUUGAUUCUUUUGACGUCUGUAUCAGUGUUGAACUGGGAAUAGCAGUGAUCAGUUUUAUUGUUUUUAA